GGCCGUUGCUCCUGGCAACAGCCACUUCCGCGAGCGUGCGCCGUCCUUCUCACCCGGCGGACGCGUGAGUCCUAGUUCCGGGGUUCCGCGGUUCCGCCACGGAGCAGCAGUUAGUCUCACGGCUGUGCGGGUCAGGCCGACCCCUCGGGCCUGCGGGCCUCGUGUUCCUUGCCUGCCGCCCCGACGCCUCGGCGGGGCCUUCGGCGCAGCCAUGGUGGUGCUGCACGUGAAGAGAGGCGACGAGAGCCAGUUCUUGCUGCAGGCGCCCGGGAGCACCGAGCUGGAGGAGCUCACGGCUCAGGUGACCCGCGUCUACAACGGGCGGCUGAAAGUACAGCGGCUCUGCACAGAGGUGGAGGAGCUGGCAGCGCACGGCGUGUUUCUGCCCCCCAAUAUGCAAGGGCUGACUGACGAGCAGAUUCAGGAGCUGAAGUUGAAGGAUGAGUGGGGCGAGAAGUGUGUGCCCAGUGGGGGUUCUCAUGUCCCAGAAGCUGGGAUGUUGUCUCGUUGCUGUGUUCUCUUCUGGUGUGACUUCAUGGCUGUGUCCUGGUGUCUGCCCACACAGCUGGUGAAGUGA